CCACACACCUGAGCGGCCCCGCCCACGCCCGGGCUUAGGUGAGGCUCCGUGGACCACAUUUCCCAGCGGGCCCCGCAGGUCUCCGCGCCUGCGCACGGCGGCCGGGGCGGCUGGAGCAACUCCCGCGCUAUCCAGUCGCCUGGCCGCUUCUCGCCCGGUGUCCGACCUGGGCAUGGAGAGGGUCCCGGUGCUGACGAGGGCUAACGCGGCCGCCGCCAAGGCGGAGGGAGCCGCAGCCAUGCCGUCCCCACGGCCCACCUCCCCUCCCGCCCUCACCCCGGCGCCCGCCGCGGGCGAAGAGGGUCCGCCGCCUCUGGCCGAGGCGGGGGCUCCGGGCUGCUCGAGCUCCCGGCCCCCGGAGCUGAAGCCGGAGCGCAGCCUGGGCCGCUUCGUGGACGAGGACGAGGAGCUGGAAGAGGAUGAGGAGCUGGAGGAGGAAGAGGAGGAGGAGGAGGAGGAGAUGAGCCACUUCUCGCUGAGGCUGGAGGGGUGCCGGCCGGAAUCCGAGGACGAGGAAGAGCGCCUGAUUAAUCUCUCUGAGCUGACCCCAUACAUCUUGUGUUCCAUUUGCAAAGGUUACUUAAUAGAUGCAACUACCAUUACAGAAUGUCUUCAUACAUUUUGUAAAAGCUGCAUUGUAAGACAUUUUUACUAUAGCAACAGAUGUCCAAAAUGCAACAUAGUAGUACAUCAGACACAACCUCUUUAUAACAUAAGGUUGGACCGGCAGUUACAAGACAUAGUGUACAAAUUAGUGAUCGAUCUAGAGGAAAGAGAAAAAAAGCAAAUGCAUGAUUUCUAUAAAGAAAGAGGUCUAGAAGUACCUAAACCUGCUGUUCCACAGCCAGUCCCGUCAAGCAAAGGAAGAUCUAAAAAAGCCUUAGAAGUGUUUCGGAUUCCACCUGAACUUGAUAUGUCUUUGUUAUUAGAAUUCAUUGGUGCUAAUGAAGGCACAGGACAUUUUAAGCCAUUGGAGAAGAAGUUUGUCCGAGUUUCAGGAGAAGCAACUAUUGGGCAUGUAGAAAAAUUCCUCAGACGAAAAAUGGAUCUUGAUCCAGCUUGUCAGGUAGAUAUCAUUUGUGGCGAUCACUUGUUGGAGCGAUAUCAAACUCUAAGGGAAAUUCGACGUGUAAUAGGUGAUGCAGCAAUGCAGGCUAAUUGGUCUAGAGCAGAUCUGAUGCUCCAUGGGCCAAACAUGGAUGGUCUUCUGGUCCUUCAUUACGGUCUUGUGGUUUCUCCUCUGAAAAUUUCUUGAAGAUUCUAAGAGUAUCAGGAGGAAGGAAAGAAACAAAACACAGUGGCUUCUGCAGGCUUGCAUCUCACCAAAGAUUUUUAUAAAACAUAAUUGCUGCCAUUUUGUGCUAAGACAUAACAACUGUUUUGAGCACCAAGCAUCAUAAUAUUUAUAAAUACAACUUGGAAUGCUAGAAUGCAUCUAUUUUACUAGCAACUAUAAUACUUUGCAGACUGGAUUAAUGCGAAGGCAGACAGUUUCAAUUGCCAGAAAGGAGUUCCUUCUGUUGAGCUCAAGUCUGGCUUAAGGUAAAGAUAAAAUAUUCGCUGAAACUGGUUUGGCUCAGUGGAUAGACCAUCGGCUUUCGGACUGAAGGGUCCUGGGUUCGAUUUCGGUCAAGGUACCUUGG